AAAACCCCUCUCGACAUUUUGCGACUCUUCUUCUCCUUAUCCUCUAAAUCUCUCACCGGUCACCGACGACGGGAACUUGGUAGUUACAGGAACAAGAAAUGUCCUCGAAGUUCCCUCUCGGUGUACGCUUCAUCACUCAUUCUCUUCCUUGUACUCGUCUCGCUUCCAUGAAUUCUGGCGCCCUUAUCUAUUCAUUUCGUUCCGUUCCUGUUCUAUCCAAAGCCUUUCCUUUUAGGUUAAAGUACAUUGGAUUAGGUUCCCGGGUCAACUUUUCAACCCGACCAGAGAGAUCUCAACCCGAAUUCGCGCGGCGAAGUGGAGCUGGAGGAGAGAUUCGCGCGUCCAAGAGCUUGAUUGAGGAUGAGGCAGAGCUUAGUGAUUGGGUGAGCGAUUUGAGGACUAGUUCGUUGCGCGGGAAGUUCACGAGCGACGAAGAUAACGCGGAUCCAGAGGUGGUUCGUAGAAACGUAGACAGGGACACCAGUAGGGGUCCAAGGAGAGGAAGGGAAGGCCAAUCUGAUAGGUUCGGUGGUGCGAAAAGGGGAAAGGAAGGUGAAAUGGAUAGGUUUGGGAGUCCGAACAGGAGGAGAACCAGCGGCGAGCCUGCUGAUUCGUUCGGGAACAAGCGGUUAGGUGAUCGAGAAGGUUCAAGGAACGGUCGUGUUCAAGGAAAGAGUAGUGAGUCGUCUUUUCGUGGAAGGAGUGAUAGAAAUGUAGAUUCAGGGUCGUCUUUUCGUGGAAGGAGUGACAAAAAUGUUGACUCAGGGUCGUCUUUUCGUGGUAGGAAUGAUAGAAAUGUAGAUUCAGGGUCGUCUUUUCGUGGAAGGAGUGAUAGAAAUGUAGACUCAGGGUCGUCUUUUCGUGGAAGGAGUGAUAGAAAUGUAGACUCAGGGUCGUCUUUUCGUGGUAGGAAUGAUAGAAAUGUAGACUCAGGGUCGUCUUUUCGUGGUAGGAAUGAUAGAAAUGUAGAAUCAGGGUUUAGGAGAGAGCCAGGUUCCGAAAACAACAGGGGCUUGGGGAAACAGACAAGAGGCUUAAGCCUGGAAGAGGAAGAUAGUAGUGACGAUGACGAGAACAGGGUUGGAUUGGGAAACAUCGAUGAUUUGCCUAGUGAAGAUAGUAGUGAUGAGGAUGAUGAAAAUGAUGAGCCUCUUAUUAAGAAAGCGGCUUCUGCUAAGGCUGUUCAGACUGAUAAGCCAACUGGUGAACAUGUCAAAACUUCAGAUUCUUACUUGUCUAAGACAAGAUUUGAUCAAUUCCCACUCUCUCCCUUAUCGCUAAAAGCCAUCAAGGAUGCGGGAUUUGAGACAAUGACUGUUGUGCAGGAGGCUACUCUUCCUAUCAUUCUCCAAGGUAAAGAUGUCCUAGCCAAGGCCAAAACAGGCACUGGUAAAACCGUUGCAUUUUUGCUUCCAGCAAUUGAAGCUGUUAUCAAAUCUCCUCCUGCAAGCCGGGAUAGUAGGCAACCCCCAAUUAUUGUGCUUGUGGUAUGUCCUACUCGGGAACUUGCCAGUCAAGCUGCGGCAGAGGCAAAUACCUUACUGAAGUAUCACCCCUCUAUUGGUGUUCAAGUUGUGAUUGGAGGCACAAAGCUUCCUACAGAGCAAAGGCGUAUGCAAACGAAUCCUUGCCAGAUCCUUGUGGCUACACCUGGAAGGCUCAAAGACCAUAUUGAAAACACUUCUGGAUUCGCAACAAGAUUGAUGGGUGUGAAAGUCCUUGUGCUUGACGAAGCUGAUCAUCUCUUGGACAUGGGUUUCCGAAGGGACAUUGAGAGGAUAAUUGCCGCUGUUCCUAAGCAGAGACAAACAUUUUUAUUUUCUGCCACCGUACCUGAAGAGGUCCGCCAAAUAUGCCAUGUUGCUCUGAAACGGGAUCAUGAGUUCAUCAAUUGUGUCCAAGAGGGCUCUGGGGAGACACAUCAAAAGGUCACACAAAUGUACAUGAUUGCAUCACUGGAUAGACAUUUUUCGCUUCUACAUGUGCUUCUUAAAGAACACAUCGCAGAUAAUGUGGACUAUAAGGUUAUCAUUUUCUGUACAACUGCUAUGGUGACAAGAUUGGUGGCUGAUCUGCUUAGUCAGCUAAGCCUGAACGUCAGAGAGAUCCAUUCUAGAAAACCGCAGAGUUACAGAACCAGAGUUUCUGAUGAGUUCCGCAAGUCCAAGGCUAUUAUCCUAGUCACAUCUGAUGUAUCUGCUCGUGGUGUGGAUUACCCUGAUGUGUCAUUGGUCGUACAGAUGGGAUUGCCAUCAGACAGGGAGCAGUAUAUACAUAGACUUGGCAGAACCGGGCGGAAAGGGAAGGAAGGGGAAGGAGUCUUAUUGUUGGCACCAUGGGAAGAGUACUUUAUGUCAUCUGUUAAAGACUUGCCCAUCACCAAGUCUCCACUACCGCCAAUAGACCCAGAGGCUGUGAAAAGGGUGCAGAAAGGGCUGAGCCAAGUGGAAAUGAAGAACAAGGAGGCGGCGUAUCAGGCGUGGUUGGGUUACUACAAAUCUCAGAAGAUGAUUGCAAGAGACACGACCAGACUGGUGGAGCUGGCCAAUGAGUUUAGCCGCAGCAUGGGACUUGACAGCCCACCAGCUAUCCCCAAAAAUGUUCUUGGCAAGAUGGGUCUCAAAAACGUUCCUGGUCUUAGAACCAAGUAGAUUUUCUUUUUUCCUAGUGAUCUGCUUUGGUUUUAAAACUUUAAUGUUUUGUAAGUGUAGACGUGUAGUCUCUUGUCAUUCUUGCUACACUCUUAAGACUUCCUAACUAAAAAAUCCUAUAAAAGUUGCCUUCUUAUAAAGGUCUUUUGUUUGUAAUGGC